GGGAGGGAGACGUUAACGUUUACCGCCGGGCAGGGCAGGGGCGGCCCAAGAAACAGGCCGCAUAAAACGAAGCCUCCCGCGGAUCCCUCCUCCUCCUCCUCUCUCUCUCUCUCUAUCACUCUCUCUCUCUCUCUCUCUCUCUCUCGCAAGCCAAGAAGCGAGCAGGGGGAAGGGCCGGAGCCGGGCCUCCGAGGCAUCGAUUGGCGCCAUGAGGCUCCUCGUCCCCGACGGCGCGCGCCGCCAGAGGCUGCCGUGCGAGGCGCUGGCGCCGUCGUCCCCCCCGACGGCGCAGGGGAGCGGGAGGACCGUGGUGGUGGGGGUCAGGAGGGACGCCGCCAGCCGGGAGCUCCUCACCUGGGCGCUCGUCAAGGUCGCCAAUGCCGGGGACCGCGUCGUCGCGCUCCACGUCGCCGCCGCCUCCGACGGUGCGUCGCCGUCUUCCAAUCCGCAAAGAUUACGGAUGGGAUUCGACUGUGCUGUGAAGUUAAUCCUCUUUUUCUCUCCUCAUUUAGGAUUACUAAUAGGAUUGGAUGAGCGGAGCAGGGCCGCGGAUUCGCUCGCGUCAGUGCUCGCCGUGUACGACGGCUUCUGCAACCUCAAGCAGAUUAAUUUGGAGCUCAAAGUCUGUGGAGGAUCAUCUAUUCGGAAAACUCUGGUCAAGGAAGCCGCUUCUUGUGGCGCCGCAAAUCUGAUCCUCGGUGCUGCAAAGAAUUCCCGGUCUUUCGGAUCCUCCUCCACUUCAGUUGCCAAGUACUGCGCAAAGAGAGUUCCCACAGGCUGCUCGGUUCUUGCAGUGAACAAUGGCAAGGUGGUUUACCAUAGAGACGUGGGCCAUGCGGCGCAACACGAACUGAACCAAAGCACUAGCACAAUGCCAGAGACUCCAAGGAGGAGCUACCGGAAGCUCUUGACAUCCAUGAUAGGAGAGAAACAUUGGGAUGAAUAUGGAAAGGACAACAGGUCCCCAUCUCGUGCCAUAACCAUGCCAACGAGGUCUCCCACGCUACCAAAAGAAGUUCCAUUAGCAUUGGUCCCAGUGAAGGGUUACCAACGUGAAUCGCCAGAAGGAGCAACAGGCUGGCCCCUCCUAAGGAAGAAAUUCUGGCCAGACCGAAAAGCUUACCUGCCUGAAAAGUCGAAGAUGUCUGUGGUGCAGUGGGCAAUGCGCCUCCCCAGCCGGUAUUCAGCAGUUUCACCAGUCCAUUCAGAGUACAUAACCAGAAGACCAGAUUCCACCACCAAUGCCAGUCAUAUUCUCCAUGACCGGGUGGUUGUCCCUUUGAGGAGCAAUUCAGGAAGGUCUUCUGUAGUGAUUGAAGAAUUGGAGAAGGAAAUACCAGAAGAGCUGACCUUGCUUAAAGAGAAAUUCUCAUCCAUCUAUUCUUCCUUCAGUUACAGUGAGCUUGCAAAUAUCACUUCUGGUUUCUCACCUGAGUGUAUAGUUGGACAAGGUGGCACUAGUCAAGUUUACAAAGGUUGUUUGGCAAAUGGCAGGAAACUGGCAGUGAAGAUCAUGAAGUAUUCCGAUGAGGUACUGAAGGAGUUUGUCUCAGAGAUUGACAUUGUCAGCUCUCUCAGUCACAAGAAUGUCAUAUCCCUCAUCGGUUUCUGCUUCAAGAGCGAUGACCUUCUGUUAGUGUAUGAGUACUUGCAAAGAGGCAGCCUGGAAGAGAUACUGCAUGGUGAAAAAGAAUGCAACAUAUUUGGUUGGACCGAGAGGUUCAACGUGGCUGUGGGAGUUGCUCGUGCACUGGAUUAUCUCCAUGGUAGUGACAACAGUCGUCCAGUGAUCCAUAGGGAUGUCAAGUCAUCAAACAUCCUCAUCUCAGAGUGCUUUGAGCCAAAAUUAUCGGACUUUGGCCUCGCAGUCUGGACUGCUGAUGUAACAUCUCAGAUGACAUGCAACGACGUUGCAGGAACUUUCGGAUACUUAGCUCCUGAAUACUUCAUGCAUGGCAAGGUGAACAACAAAAUUGAUGUGUAUGCUUUUGGUGUCGUCCUUCUUGAACUCAUCUCGGGCAGGAAACCACUUUGCACCGGUUGUCCAAAAGGGCAGGAGAGUCUAGUGAUGUGGGCAAAUUCCAUCAUACAAGGAGGAAAGCUCACACAACUUGUAGAUCCCAACUUACCUACUGAAGGACAUACCAAUGAAGUCGAGAGGAUGACCCUUGCUGCCUCUCUCUGCAUCAGACAAGCACCUCAUAACCGUCCUCACAUUGAUGUUGUUCUGAAGCUACUCGAUGGUGACAAUGACAUUCUCAAGUGGGCUAGAUCCCAAGUCGGAUUAUCAUGCGAGAGCGAUGACGGUGAAGGUGUGAUGACACCGCCAGCGCCAGGGAGUAACACCAACAUCCAGUCCUACAUCAAUCUCGCAUUUGAUGUCGACGAUGAUUCUGCCUCUGUCAGUAGCAACGACUUCAUCACAGCAAACACAUCCUUGGAAGAGUAUUUGCGGGGAAGAUGGAGCCGAUCAUCGAGCUUCGAUUGACCGAUCCAUAGCAGAGUUACCCCUUUUAGUGUAUAGAUUUUUUUUUCCUCCCUUUUUUUUUAUUUAAGUUACUCUUUUGCUCCUUGGGUGAGAGUUGGCACAUGCAAUGCCCUCCACCAAGAAUAUCAUUUGAUUAUGCCUUGAGUCUUUUUUUUUCAUAUGGGGGACUUUUUUCCUGUCUGAAGAGACCCCCUUUUCUUUCUCUCGGAAUAGACCUUGUCAUACCCAGGUACUCUCAUCCAAAGGGAUGAGAAAUAAAGUAGGAAGCAUAUGCAAUUGUGGGUUUCUUCCCUCAUACAAAUCAAUCAUCUUUAUUCUAUA